GCGAGGGUGCUCGAAGCGGGCUAGAAAAUGAGCGGGACAUUCUCCAUCACCUCCAGUCUACUACUACAUGUUCGACAUAGAGUUACGUCAGUGUGUUUCUAGUCAUUGAGACAUGUGUACCAGUCGUUGUGGCAGUUGUUAACACAUUGUUAUUUAUUGGAGUGAGGAGUGCCACGAACGAUAUUUGAUCUUAAAAAUGUGCCUUCACUGCUGACUUUCAUUACCCUAUUCAUCUCUCGGGUGACGACCAAUUUGUUGUUGGUGAUCAUGACCAAUCUGAAGAAGGCCAGUCAGACGAAAUGUACCGUAGUUGUCCUGGGGGACAGCAAAACCGGGAAGACAUCCUUGAUCACUCGGUUUGUCAAAGGCACUUUUACUGAGAAAUAUUCACCAACAAGCUUCGACAAAUCUUUUGCCUCGGAAGAAGUCGAGAAACACGAUGUUGAAUUUACAUUCUGGGAUACAUCAGGUUCCCCCGCUUAUGACAGUGUGAGACCACUGGCCUAUCACGAAGCUGAUGUCUUUCUCCUCUGCUAUAAGAUUUCUGAUCCCAUUUCUUUAUACAAUGUAAAGAACAAGUGGAUUCGAGAGAUCCGAAAAUGCCGACCCGAGGCCCCCAUCGUGUUGUGUGGAUGUCAAUCCGACCUCAGGAAUGAACCUUUCACAAUUUCUCACCUUAGCAAGACUGGCCGCCAACCAGUCAGUCAAGAGCAGGCUUUGGCCAUUUGUUGCGAAAUUGAAGCCUUACACUACGUGGAGACAUCAUCAAAAGCGCCUGUCCCUGAAAGCAAAGACAACCUUGAGGCCUUUGAGCUUUGUGCUUUGGCGGCCAUCAAAAACAAAAGUUGCCUCUCGAACAAAAUAAAUCAUAAUAACAAUAACAGCAUCAACUAUCAAAAAGUGACAAACCACAACAAUAUCAUCAACCAAAACAACAAUAAUAAUAAGAACAACAACAACAACAACAGCAGCAGUAGUGAUAACCACCAUCAAUUCCAAAGGAGCCCAAGUGCACUCUCAUCACUUUCGCUCUUCGACACCACCCGGUCACCUUUGUCAGAAACUGGUCCUGUCAAUGGUCUUUUGGGACAGGUCUUUCGGCGAAGUCCCAGUACUAAUUCGAAUCUGUCCCUGGCAGCUAAUUUUAAGAUGCCCACUAUGGCCUUUAAGCGGAGUUCAACUGCCUCGGUGACGUCUCUAAGAAGUCCGUCAAUUGAGGAGCAAGCAAGACUGAGAACCUUUUCUCCCGAGCCCAACGUUUGCAACCGGAUUCCACCCGUGAUAAGUGAGCACGAGACCUAUUCUCCUUCAUCAUCGUGUUCGUAUUCGAUGGGAUCUCAAGAGAAUUCCGUCUUGAGCAGCCUGAGCCGGACUCGCCCGAGUAGUCUACAUGACCCUCCUCUCCCUGGUAUCUCUUUUGAGAGCCAAGGAGGGUUGGAAGACAAGAUUACCCCGGGCCAAUCAUCCAAACUUCAAAGGCCGACCUCCUUGUUCAAAGAAACCCAUCAUCGGGUUCAGAAGAGUGUAGGGAGUUCUUCGUUUCUCAGGAAUAAUCAAACACCCAUUAGUCGAGGUGCCGCUUUCUUCAGUCCCAUGGGACCUCAGGAACCAAUUCCCUCACAAAAGUUUAAUCUCCUGGAGCAGAGGUUCGACUCCGUCUCUGAAUUGGGAUCCCCGAUGAGCACAGCGAGCGGUUCGAGCACCUUCAUCAAAAGCCCCCAAAUGGAGGUAAUCUCCCAAACCAACGCCCAAGUCAGAGCCAAUGGACUCAGUCGCCGAACCUCUUAUCGGACCCAUCCGAAAAUGGCCAUCCCCGUGGCGGCACCCAUGUCGCCGGUUGGCAGCGAUUUCUGCUUUGAUAUCAAGUCUCCACCGCGCUCCUCGUGUCAAUCUCCGGAAUCAUUCACUCAGCAUUCAGAAUCCGUCAACUUGCCCUCUGCGGGGAGUAACAAUGGCGACAGUGGUGGCAGCGGCCAUGGUGUGGGAGUCCAUUCGGGAUUGACGACUUCGGCACCCCGCUUGCCCUGCUUUGAAGAAGGGCCCAAGAUCUAUGAGUCUUUGAAAAGCCAUGUCAGCAUUUGCAGUCAAAGUAGCGACGGGAGUAGUAAAUUGCCCUCUGACUUCAGCGACGCGUCAUCCAUUUCCAAGGGCAGAAAUCAGUGCGGAGUCACAAGCAAUAGGAAUAGUGAUCUCAUCAUGAACUGCUCGAAUAGUCAGACCAAUAUUGAAAGCCCCGAGGAGCUUCUGAACAACUUGAAUUUCGUGUCUCCCAAGGCUGGGGUUUACCGACCUUGCUCUAGGAAGAGCAAGCACAAUUGUUCUAUUAUGUAAUAGAAUUUGUACCCAUGUACGUUUGAAGGUUGAGCGUGUCUCAUCCUUGCUUUUUCAAUGAUUCAAACAACCAACCUCUCUUUCUCUCAGACUCCAAUAAUCCAAUCCAUAUCAACAUGAAAUAUACAGAGAGAUAUACCGA